AUCAUGAAAUUCGUAAUAUGGGAUCCGGGUCAAACAAAGAGCUCUGAGCUUCAAAGUGAAUGCAAUGAAGCAGCUUGGCUGCAAAAAGGAAGAUCGCUUAAGGAAAAAGAAGCACGACUUCAUCAGCUUAUAUCUAAGCUGAGUAGCAUGUACCCACAACACACGGAAUUCCUAAAAUACCUUCAUCGCAGUGAUGGCGAUGAAAGUGUGCCGACUAUAUAUGUAAUAACACCCACGUAUUGGCGACCAGUGCAGGAGGCAGAACUUACGAGGCUAUCACACACCUUCCAGCUCGUCCCAAAGCUACACUGGAUCGUCAUUGAAGAUUCGAACACGACAACAAAACUUGUUGGAGACCUACUGCGUCGGUCCUUACUGACAUAUACACGGCUACAUGUUGCAACGCCACAGGCGUACAAACUUCCAGCCAAUCCAAAGUUGUCAUGGGUGCAUCCACGUGGUGUUCUGCAGAGGAAUUUAGGCCUUCAGUGGCUGAGAACUAACCUGGAUGCAGAGAAGCAGAAGGGAGUUGUGUACUUUGCUGAUGAUGAUAAUACUUACGAUCAAGCACUUUUUGAGGAGAUGAGGUCCACAAAGACGGUGUCAGUGUGGCCAGUUGGACUAGUUGGUGGUCUUCUUGUGGAGGGACCUUUAGUGGAAGGCGGAAAAGUCGUGAGUUGGAACUCUGUAUGGAAGCGACAUCGUCCAUUCCCCAUCGACAUGGCAGGGUUUGCCAUCAACCUGCGAUUGCUGCUUAAUCACCCGAAUGUAGCAUUCAAGCUGAAGGCAGAGAUAGGGUACCAGGAAUCCUUAUUGCUGAAAGAAAUCGUCACUAUAUCAGAACUGGAACCAAGAGCUGAUAACUGUUCAAAGGUUCUCGUGUGGCACACUCGAACAGAAGCACCGAAACUGGAUCAAGAGAACAAUGGUUCUUACAUUUUCCAACCCAACCUCCCGUGUUUCAAGAAAUGGUCAGUUCGAGAAGGGGUAGAAGUUGGCAUAGUACAGAUAAAUUCAGUAACGGUUUCGUUUGUUUUUCUUCCAGUCCUGUAAGUUAUGCUUAUUCAAUCACUUAUUGAUCAGAUGUAAUUGACAAACGUGUGAACAUUUUCAUAAUAUCAGUGAUCUAUCUGAACUAGCAGCAGUCAAUGAAUGAAAUGCGUUGCAACACGUAUGCCAAAUACGCAAUUAUGCUGUAAAGAAAUGACUGUACGUCAAACAAUGUUGUCAAAUCUGCAUAAUUGUCACUUUAUUCAGGUCGUAGAUAGACAUGUUGUAGUGUCUAUGGUUGAAGGAAAGUGUAUGUACUUGCCAAAUAAUCAUACUAUGGGCAACUAUUUCCUUAGUAAAUUUUGUGGUUGGCCAAAUAAGAUCAUAGUUCUAUUUGGCAACCUAACUGCAUGGAGACUGGUUGGUUCUGGGACUGCGUAUACAUGUAGUAAUGUAUUAGGCUACUGGUAAUCCUAGAUAGAAAACUGUUGACAGUUUUAUAUAAAUCAUGAAUUUAAGGUAAUCAUGUGAUCAAUCCCAGAGAUUCAAUGUUUUAAUAAGCAGUAUACAGUAGCUCUGGCAACAAAUCCAGUUUCCAGACUGCUCAAAAUCUGGUGUUAGCUAGUAUAGGGAGUUGUAGUUACGAGUUGAAGCUAGUUUAUAUCAGAUGUUAAGUUUUAUAUCAAAACAAUGGCUAUAUAAAAUAACUUGAACAAAAUAUAGUGAAGUUAUUAAAAUUUUUAUAUUUACAAUA